GGUGGUGGUGCCAAAGGAACGCCAUCGAAGGACGCCUCGAAAGACGCUGGGAAAAACGCGAAAGAUGGCAAAGAGGACUCAAAACAGGUGUCCUUACUCAAAAUGCCAGAACAAAGCAACGACUACAGAGUGGUCGUGUUGGGAGCGGGAGGCGUCGGAAAAAGUUCCUUGGUUCUCCGGUUCGUUCAGGGAACGUUCCGCGAAAGCUAUAUUCCCACCGUAGAAGACACCUACAGACAGGUGAUUUCAUGUAACAAGAACAUCUGCACACUGCAAAUCACAGAUACAACAGGAUCUCACCAGUUCCCCGCCAUGCAGAGACUUAACAUUUCGAAGGGACAUGCGUUCAUCCUUGUGUUCUCAGUUACGUCAAAGCAGUCGCUCGAAGAACUUAAGCCCAUAUACAACGUCAUCCGGGAAGUGAAGAGCGGCGAAACAGAGCAAAUCCCGAUUAUGCUCGUUGGAAAUAAAUGUGACGAGGAUUCAUCUCGUGAGGUGGAUGCUAGUAUUUGUGAGAAUCUCUCCAAACAGUGGCAGUGCGGUUACAUGGAAACGUCUGCAAAAAACAACACGAACGUCAAGGAACUAUUCCAGGCCCUCCUGGAAAUGGAAAAACGACGCAACAUGUCGCUCCAGCUCGACGGGAAGAAAACACGUUCUCGCUUCGGCCGUGACAAGCUAAAGGGAAAGUGCGAUGUGAUGUAA